CGUGGUCCAGCGAAGAAGAAGAAGAAGACAAGAUGGGUGAGAUGAUUCCACCUCGUUUGAAGAAACUUUGGGACAAAUGGAACAUUCGUGGAGUCAUAAUACUCAGUCUCUUCCUCCAAACAAUCCUCAUCUUCUUCGCUCCAAGCCGAAAACGCACAGCACAUAAGCUCCUCCUUGCGCUUAUAUGGUCAGCUUAUCUUCUUGCUGAUUGGGCAGCAGAUUAUGCUGUUGGACAGAUCUCAGACAGUCAAGAAGAAGAAGCUGACAAACACUCCAAGAACCGUGAGCUAUUAGCUUUUUGGUCACCAUUCCUUCUCUUGCACCUUGGAGGUCCAGACACCAUCACAGCACUUGCCCUGGAGGAUAAUGAGCUAUGGAACAGACACUUGUUCAGCCUUGUCUGUCAAGCGAUCGCUACUGUCUACGUGAUCUUGUUGUCUACACCGAAUAGGCUUUUGACUCCAACAGUGAUCAUGCUUGUGGGAGGAGUGAUCAAGUAUGUCGAGAGAACAGCUGCGUUGUUCUCAGCGAGUCUUGACAAGUUCAAGGAUUCAAUGCUGCAGAAACCUGACCCUGGAGCUAACUACGCGAAGCUAAUGGAGGAAUAUGAAGCUAAGAGGGAGAUGAAUAUGCCAACCGAGGUCAUUGUUGUGGAGGAUCCAGAGAAAGGACGGGAAGGUAAUACUCCAGUUAGGCCCAACGAUGUUUUGACUCCACUUCAAGAAGUUCAGUACGCAUACAAGUACUUUGACAUCUUCAAAGGUCUCGUUGUUGAUCUUAUCUUCACUAACAAACAACGUGACGAAAGCAGGAAGUUCUUUGACUCGUUAAACCCAGAGGAAGCUUUAAGCAUCAUCGAAGUCGAGCUCAGUCUCCUCUACGACAGCUUGUUCACCAAAGCAGAGAUUCUGCAUAACUGGACCGGAGUUGUGUUCCGGUUUAUAGCCCUUGGGUGCCUUUUUGCGUCUCUCUGUCUCUUUAGAAUGAAAAAGGAAGACACAUACGAUGGAUUCGAUGUUGCUCUUACUUACGCAUUGCUCAUAUGUGGAAUAGCUCUUGAUUCAAUUGCUCUUCUCAUGUUCUGUGUAUCUGACUGGAGCAUCGCUAGAUUGAGGAAGCUAAAGGAGGACCUGGAAGAGAGAGAUACCAGGGCAGACAGAGUUUUCAACUGGGUCCUUGGUUUCAGGACGUUGAGGUGGAAACCAUCCAAAUGUUUCCAGAAUGGACAUCAAGUUCUCGACAGGUUCAUUAUGCUUCGCAGAUGGUCUGAGUAUAUUCAUGCUUACAACCUCAUUGGAUACUGCUUGAAGAUACGUCCCAAGAGAAUCCAUCAUACCAAGGGUAUGGUACACAUUUUCUUUCAGAGGAUCAUCCACAUUUUGUUCAUAGAUACUGCCAUCAAAAAGACCAUCCAAGGAAUCACGCUAUGUUUCAGAGCCAUGGAAGAAGGAACUCGCCAGCUUCGAAAUCAAACUGACCGCUUUCUCGGUAAUUUGUGCAAGGAGAAUCGGUUGAUCCGUAAAGUUAUUAACCCUGUUAGAUUGUUUCUCCUUUUCUGGUUUUCACUUCCUCAUCUGCUUGCAAGUAUGAUCGACAAGUACGUCCUGGAAUUUUUCGGUGCCAAAGAUUUGAUUGAAGAGAUAAGAUUCACAACCAGUGAUCGCCUCACCAGAGAACUAUGGGUGUUGAUAUUCAAUCAAGUCCAAUACAAACACCGAUUUGCUGAAGAUCAAGAAAGUGCCAAGAAUAUAUCUUCAGCUAGAGGAGACUGGAUUUUAGUUGAAACAUCAAGCAAGAAAAAAGAAGACGGAUCAUCAGACCAUGCAAUACUUCUGCGAUUCGUGACAGAAAAAGAUUACGAUCAGACCAUUCUACUGUGGCACAUAGCUACAGAACUCUUCUACCAAAGCCAAAUAGACGAGAAAAAAAUCACAGAUAAGCAAGUACACACCAACAGAGAGUUCAGCAAAAUCCUCUCAGACUACAUGAUGUACCUCCUUAUAAUGCAGCCAACACUGAUGUCAGCUGUUUCUGGAAUAGCAAAGAUACGUUUCAGAGACACGUGUGCGGAGGCUAACGAGUUUUUCCAGAGGAGACAUAUCAGUAAAUCAAGACAUGGAGAAGACAACCUUGUCAAAGAAGCUAGCCGAGCUAUCCUCUCUGUCAACACAGAUGUUGAGCCAAUGGAUGUGAAAGGAGACAGAAGCAAAUCAGUUUUGUUUGACGCGAGCGUGCUUGCAAAGGAGCUUGAGAAAGGAGGAGAUAACAUGUGGGAGGUAGUGAGCAAAGUGUGGGUUGAGCUGCUUUGCUUUGCUGCAACUCAUUGUGACUCCAAAGAACAUGCUUCUCAACUCAGCAAAGGCGGCGAACUCAUCAACUUUGUUUGGCUUUUAAUGGCUCAUUUUGGACUCGGAGACCAAUUCCAAAUCAACAGGGAUGAUGCAAGAGCUAAACUGAUCGUUGCCAAGUGAUUUUUCCAUGAAAAGCUACACAAAUUCAACAAUAAAUUAGUUUCCUUCAU